AUGUCCAAAGUAGAAAGUGCAGAAGAGUCGAAGUUCACGUAUAAAAAUCUUCUGGAUCUUAACGAUCCUCAAAAAGCUUACACAAGUCCGUUGGCGGUGAUCUGUCACGUUGAUGUCAAUGCAUUCUUUGCACAGUAUGAGCAGAAUCGUUUGAAUUUGGGCCCGGACGAUCCAGUUGUGUGUCUUCAAUGGAAUUCGAUUAUUGCUGUUUCUUAUGCCGCAAGAAAGUUUGGUAUAAGUCGUAUGGACUCUUUGCAGAGCGCUCUCAAAAAAUGCCCAAAGUUAGUAGUUGCUCACACCGCUGUGUUCAAGAAAGGUGAACCAAUAUGGAAGUAUGUUGAUUAUCGUCCUUCUCCUGCCAACCAUAAAGUUUCUUUGGAUCCAUACAGACGUGAGAGUAGGAAGAUGAUGAGGAUAUUUAGAUCAUUCUGUGAUUUAGUUGAAAAAGCCAGUGUUGAUGAGAGUUUCAUGGACCUUGGGCGACUUGUUUUUAAGCGAAUGGUGAAACUCUUUCCGGAGAUUUUUGACGAUACAAAAGAAUGGAAGUUGGCUGAUAAGUUGCCAUUGCUUACCCAAAAAAGCUUUGGUAGUGCAAAUCUACAGUGGAAAGGUUUCGUGAUACCAAAAGAAGAUGAAGACGAGCAAAAUGGGCCGGUCAUCAAUGAUUGGGAUGAUGUGGCUAUUCUCAUUGGAUCAAAUUUGGCUUAUGAGAUUCGGAAAAAGGUUGUAGACACACUCAAUUACACAACCUCUGCGGGUGUAGGCAGAGUGAAAACUCUGGCAAAGUUGGCCAGCGGGUAUAAGAAGCCAAAUGCACAGACGGUUGUCAGAAAUUCCACAAUUCCGGAGUUUCUCGCAAAGUUUUCACUUCACGACUUUUGGUCCAUGGGCGGGAAGGCUGGUGAAUUGGUAUCUUCACGUCUCUUGGAUGGUAGAUUGGAUGAUGAUGGAGAAGAAAGCUCUAAUCAGAUUGGAUUUAUUCGAGAUACAUUCUCCCUGAAAGAUCUCGACAGUCGGCUAGAUCAUGAUCACCAAUUAGCGGAGCGUGUGUACAAGAUUGUUCGUGGAGAACUUACAGAUCCGCUCACAGCAAGAAUAGACUUAAAAUCCAUGACAUCAAACAAGAUCUUUCGUGGAAAAGCAGUCAAUGGGCCGAACGAUAUGUAUCCUUGGUUUGAUGUGUUCGUAGGUGAUUUGGUUCUUCGUCUCCAAGAUUUAGAUGAGGAAGAUGGACGAAUAAGAAGGCCAACAAAGCUUGGAUUGAUCAUAUCAUCAUUUGGUAUCACAAGAUCGAAACAAGUGACAAUUAGUCCGGUUAAGGAAUACGAUCAAAUUACAAAAACGCUUACCCGUUUGAGCCACUGCCUACUCAUAGAGCUUGGAAAAAGUUGGAGCGAGAAAUCGCACGGAAUAUCCAUGUAUCCUUGCCAACGGGGAGCAUUGGAGAUCAGUGGAUUCAAGGAUUUGUGGGGCUUUCAAACAAUUGACAAUCUAAUGGGUGGGAAUAAGAAAUUGAAACGCGAGGAGCAGUAUGAGCAGCACAAAUUUGUAAGCAAGAAAUCUGCAGAAACGACUUCAAGUUUACAUUACGAGAGCAGAAAGCGACGAAAGCAAAAUGCUGGAAUUCUAAGUUUUUUAACAGCGGACAAGAAAUUGAAACAUCAAGUACAGAAAGAAACACUGGACACUAAGUUGACAGAUAUUUCGAUGGCAUAUACAUGCCCAGAGUGUGGCAAAAGAGUCGAAUCUAGCUCCAUAUUGGAACACAAAGACUACCACUUAGCCGUAAAGCUGGACGCAGAAAUUAAUCAUUAA